UCCCACUGUGGGAGCAUACUUUGGGAAUUUUGGUUUCGACCAAGGUCGUUAAAAAAUGCUUAACAAAAGGAAAACUCACAGAACUAACAGUAGGCAUAUAAUUUAUUAUUUAGGUAUGCUAACUUUGCAGGUUACACAUUAUUACUUUGUAGCUGCGAAAAUGCCGACGCACGUGGCAGACAGACAAUUGUGCUGCAGAUAAUAGGUUGCCAGAUUUGGUCAGAUUGAUCUGAAAAUGUCUUAAGGCUUUGACCCCCACAUUGCAAAAUCAUAACCUGGCAACUCCGCCGAAUUUGAAAAGAAUCGUUGAGCACACAAUUUGAUUGAUGUCAUAAAUAGUGAGGACAGUUGGUUACCAUGCCAAUGGGCAAGCUGAGCACAUAAAAUAGCUCCAGAAUGUUCAGUUUCCCACACACUUAAUUGUAUAAAACACAGUUAGUCAGCYAGUAGUUUGAGUUGUAAUGUUUACUCAUUGUCUUUGAAAAUUAGGCUAUAUUUGUCAUCAAAAUGUCACAGCGUGCCCACAAGGAAGGGCUGUGCAAUAUCAAGAUUUUAUGUUUGGCCUUUAUUUUCUGUCUCAUAAAGCCAGUUUAUGCAAAGCCAACUCCUGCAAAUGUUUUUGCUUCCUCAUCUUCGCUGGAGCACAUGACUUUGAUCAACUCUGUUCAGAACAACCCCGAUGUCACAACCCCAAAACUGACUCAUUUUGUAAACACAUUGCUUGGACAAUUUGAGAGUUUGCUGGUGAAAGAUGGUACUUCUCCAGGUAAUUUGGACCAGGUGACUCAAGGAUAUCCCGGACCCUACACAAACGCUAAAGACCCCCAGGCGCUUGUGAAGUCCCUAAUGUCUGUUCUACAGACUUACAAGACGCAAACAGCAUCACAAGGUAAUGAUCACGUCUUCAAACUGUGGGGAAAAGCUCCAAAAACAAAGAAGAGCACCAAUGAAAUCAAACCCAGAGUCAACAUAUUGACAGACCCCACUUACUCCGAGCCACUUGUGAAAGUUAACAUGAUUUUGGGCCUCUUUUUCUAUGGCUUCAUCGUGAUAGUGUUUAUCUAUGACUCUGUCCGAGUUUCCAUGGAGGCCAGAAGAAGAUCUGACGCUCUAGCUGAUGCCAGGCUGAAGAGAAAAGAACCACCCCCUGUUGAACCACAGUCAACUUUAUCCAAAUGUACACUCUCUAUGAUGCCUUACUCUGUGUGCCGUUAACUUGCUUGAAUGUGUGAUCCCUGGCUAUGUUAAGUCUACACUCACUGCAGGGUCUCACAUACUGUUGUAACAAUGCCCUCUUUCCUUUUAGAUCGGCAGAGCAUCGCUUCAUUGUUGCAUUUGGAAAAUACAUCAUCCAUAGUUGACUGUUUGAAGGCAAAUUAUCCCAAGGUUACAUCAUUUAUUUUGAAGAUGUCACACAAUAUAUAUAUUUUUUUGUGAGAUGCAAUAGCAGUAGUCAAAACAAGCUGUACAUUUUUCAAACUGUCUAUGUAUGUGUUUAAACUGUUAAUGACUGAGUCUGUGUGUUGUAUAAGUGUAUUUCAAACAUUUUUGUUUCGUUGCUUCUGUAGAAAGAGUCUGAGUCAAACAUACAAUUUGCAGACUGUGCAAAAGGAAAGAGUGCUGUCAGCCUUAGAGAGUGGGAGCCUCUGCCUAGUGAGUUACUGUAGAUAGAUCGCACACUGUUUUGUUACUGAGAGAUUAGAUGAGAUUAGAUGUAAUUAUUUUUAGGUUUAUGUUUUUCAGUGCAUAAAACAGUGAGGUACUGACCAUAAUCACACCAAACAUUGUAAUUAAUGUAAAGCUUGUACAAAUGUAAACUUGUACAGAUAUGCAGCACUCAUAUGUACAACAUGAGUUAUUAGAUGGGCUUAAUUUCUCCCUCAGAUAUUCAAGAGAACUCUGUGUCUGUCAAUCUGGCGCUGAACCCAUUUGACUCCGAUAUAGAGGAAGUUGUAUCUGCAUAGGUUGUUCAUGGUGAAGAUUCUGCUCUUUGCCUAGAUUAUUUAUCAUAUCAGGUCACGUGGAGAUAUUACAUUUAUUUUGUCCGCAUUUUUUCCCCCAGAGUCUCAGCUCACUGAUGUUUGCGUCAACUGAGGACCACGCCUUAAUACCGAGUGACAUUUAAUGGAAGCAACAGAAAUUAACUCUCCAAAUAAGAUAAUGUUGAGACUGCCACCUUUGAAGACCGCCACUUUCUGUCUCAUCACUUAGCCCCAUACUUACGUUAGUAAUAAACAUAUCUUGCAUUCAAAAUAUAGGCCUAUGUGAAAAGUCGUUUUUUGG